AUGGGUGAAGGCCAGCAAAGCAUUGAUGAUAUGGAAAUGCUUACUGCGUUAUAUGAUUUUGAAGCGACAUUAGCUAAAACAUUGAGUUUUUCGGAAGGUGAAUAUUUUUUUCUUCAGCAGAGUAACACUAAGCAAAGAAACUGGUGGCAUGUCGUUAAUAGAAAAGGUCAUGUUGGUUUUGUACCUUCAAAUUACGUAGCUGUAGUCAAGGUUGAUGCAGAUUUCUUUUUAGGAUUUCUUAAUGAUUGUAUUAGGAAUUUGAAUGAUAAUACCACAAUGACUUCACAAAAACAAGAGUUGUUAAUGAGAUUGAAUGAAAAGAAGAAACAAAUUAAGGCUUCACUAAAACCUUCAAGUAAGAAACAAGCAGCACCCAAGCCCCCACCACGCUUGGAUGAUAGCACUCCACCCAAUGGAGUAUCACCUUGCUUUGAUUUAAGGCCUGUUGUAUCUCAGCAACAAAUUUCUGAAGAAAAACAUACUUGUUCAUCACCUUCUAAGUCACAAAACAGUACUUCGGCAUUAAAAGAUGAUGAUGACAAGAAAACUUUAAGUGCCAAAUCAACAUCCAAUCAGCUAUCGUCGGAUACUGACAAUCAAGAUGAUAGUCAAGACAGCAGUGAGAGUAUUAAACCAAAUGCUAUAUAUGAAAUUGUUCAAGCAGUUCGCAAAGAGACUCAGCUAAGCCAUGAUAUGUCAAAAGUUGCUGUUGAAACAGUCUUGAUUUCUCUCAGGGAGUUCCUGCCGGGUGGCGCCGCCAGGUCCAUAAUAGAUGCGCUGCUGCGAGAAGCCAAUAGUAAUAUAACCUGUCCAAAGAACGCGAUAGACGCGGCUCCGGACGCGCUCAGGAUGAUGACAGCUCUCAACUCUCUCUCCAAGGCAGCAAAUGACGCGCAGCAGAGAGGCUGGGCUCUGCAUGACGACGCCCACGACAUACAAACACAACUGUUGGAACUUAUAUCUGUUAUGUCCAAUGCAGAUGUGAACAUAUCCCAGCACGUUCUCAGCAGCCAUCGCUACGCCUAUGUGACCACUCUAGUGCAGUACUACCAGAUGGAAACGCGCUGGCCUUUGCGACAAUUAUUGUUACAGGCGUUCGGCGUGAUGUGCGGGCUGGAGCGCGCGGCGCUGGCCACGCUGGCGGUGUCCGCGCUGCCGGCCGAGGCGGCGCGCGACAUGCGCGACCACCCGCGCGCCCUCGCGCGCCUCUCGCACUCCGCGCUGCUGCUCUCCAUGGUGCUCUCCAUGGGGGACAGGCUGCCCGUCACGCACUUUGAACAACUGGGAAUGGAAUUUGCACAAUUUCUUCUCGAGCUCAUCGAGAACCCACCAGAGACGGAUGUGGAUGAGCAGAUACCGGAUUUAUUCCUUACUCUCCUUCUCGCAUACAAUCUGCAGUUUGAGAACCCCUUCGAGAACCUUCUUUUAAACGCGCUAGAGACUAUGGAUAUUGCCAAGACCUUCUGCGAGAAAAUACUUUUGUUGCUGAAUCGUGAAGAGGAUCCAGUGCGCAUGUUCGAGCACGAGCCGGCGCCCGCGCACGCGGUGCUGAAGCUGGCCGCGGACGUGUUCAGCCGCAAGAAGACUGCGGGACACUUCUACACCAACGAUGUCAAGGUGGCCAUCGAUAUUAUAGUGAGGCAGCUCGCCGAUUUAUCUCCUGGAGAUGUUCGUCGCCAACAAUACCUGAAGAUACUGCAGGGCAUCAUCCGCAACACGGAGUACGGCGCGCACCGCCACCGCCGCGACGACCUGCGCCGCGCCUUCGCCAGGAUCUUCUGCGAGGAGGGCGGCGCCGGCGCGCAAGACCAGGCGCUAGUUCGCGCCAUCUCCAAUGAGUUCCCGCAGUAUUUCAAGACU